GGAAGCCGUUUGCUUGGUUAGCACGUCACAGACUCACUAAUGGAAAACGACGUCCAAAAGAAGAUCACUAAUCACACAGAACAACAACAAUAUCUACAAGAUGAAAUUGAAGAAGAAGAUGAAGAGGUUUCGAGUUAUUCGGAUUCUGAAAUCGGUCAUGCGUUAGACUUGGUGGAUUCGAAGAAUGAGGAUGUAGGCCACUCAUUUUCCCUCAAUUCGCGGCGCCCCAAUUCUCACGGUGGCCACCACCACUAUUCCUCAACUCUUCAACCUCGUACCAAUCGCAACCAAAAGUACUACAACCGCAUUCGAGCCUCACCCUUGGAGGAGUGGGAAGGGACGAUGAAUGUUGGCAUGUCUAACUAUGUGAUCACAGCAAUUCGUGGAAGUGUUAGAGAAAGUGCCAUUGGGAAGACUAAAACUAAAGAUAAAGCAGACCGAGCAACUGUUGAAAAGGCAAUUGAUCCAGACACAUGUAAGAUUUUAUCGAAGAUGUUUAAGAAUGUCUUUGAUGCUAUCAAUGGAUGCAUUUCAACCGGAAAGGAAGCAAAUGUUUAUCAUGCAACUAAAUCUCCUGGUGAAGAAUUUGCAAUAAAAAUAUACAGAACAUCUGUCUUGGAAUUUAAGGAUAGAGGUAGUAGAUAUAUGCAAGGAGACUACCGGUCUAGUCAUGGAUAUGGCAAGCAUAAUCACAGGGAGAUGGUACAAAAAUGGGCAGAGAAAGAAAUGAGGAAUCUUAUGAGGCUUAAGGCAGCAGGAAUUAGGUGUCCUACUGCAUAUCUUCUGCGACUACAUGUUCUGGUUAUGGAGUUUAUAGGAAAAUCUGGUUGGGCUGCCCCUCGUCUUAAAGAUGCUGCUUUAUCUUCAGACAAGUUGCGGGAAGGCUAUGUUGAGAUUAUUAUUGUAAUGCGGACAUUAUAUCAGAAAUGCAAAUUGGUGCAUGGAGACCUGAGUGAAUAUAAUAUACUAUAUUAUGAGGGUCACUUGUAUAUUAUUGAUGUUUCUCAAGCCGUCGAACGUGGACAUCCCCAUGCCCUAGAUUUUCUGCGUGAAGAUUGUGUUCAUGUAUCUGAUUUCUUUAAAAAGCAUGGUGUAGCGGUCAUGAGGAUAAGAGAACUGUUUGAUUUUAUUGUUGACGUAACAAUAGCUGAUGAUGCUGUGGAUAGUUACUUGGAAGAGAUGCAACGAAAAAUCUUGGCAAGAGGAGAUGCAUCUGUAGAGGAUGAGAUUGCAGACUCUGUAUUUGUGCAGUCUUUCAUUCCAAAGACACUUGAUGAUGUUCAGAAUGCUGAGGAGGAUGUACAACAGAUAACAAGUUUGAAGGACACUAAAAAUUUAUACUACCUGCCCAUUACUGGGCUUAAACAUGUUCUGCCACUAGCUCGGUCUUCACAGCAAAAGACCCAACAGCAGAAAUCAAGUGCCACAAAAGAUUCACCUUUCAUUUCUGACGAUGAAUCUAACAAGUUGGAGGAUGAUGAUAAGGUUCAAUCUGAUGAGGACCAAGAUGGCAAGAGUGAAGCAGUGGAUCCUGCAGAUAAAAAAGCUGCUAGAAAAGAGGCUAGGAAAGAUAAUAAGAGGAAGGUGAAAGAGGAGAAAAGAGAAGCACGUAAAACUAAGGUUCCUAAGGCUGUUCAGAAAAGAAAGAAAAAGUUGGCUAAAUCACGCAAGACCAGGUAGAU